AAUCGAACAAAGUUGCGAGAAACAAAAAGUCCAGUAAAAUAAAAGGAAAAACACCACAUUCGAACACUGACCAUCUUUAGCUGAAAACUUUCCUGAACCAAUAUUAUGCCUAGCAGUUACGAAGUGGAAUCAGCUAAUUGUUUCUAGAUUAUAGGAAUCAGAAAAAGGCCCAAAAAAUUUAAAUGAUCCCCAGCGCAGUACCUGAGCCAAUACUUUUCUUGUUUAUAAUCCUGUGAAAUCUGUAAAUUGAACAUCAAUUGAUCUUUCAAAUUAACGAGAAGGGUGCAUACCUGGAUCGAGAAGGAAGAGGUCUUCGAUCUGAAGAAGAAGAAUGAAGAUGAUGAAGGCGGCAGGAGAGCCGCAUAUUUAAUCAUUAGAAAUGGCAGGUGUGAUAGAGAAGACAUCAAUGGCUCUAGUUUUCAUGUAUAUGCUCCAAUUGUGUUACUUUUUCUUGUUUGCUGCUGCUUCGGGUGAUGCCAUAACCACGGGCAAACCCUUGCGAUAUGGAGAGGUUGUGGUUUCUAAAGGAGGAAAGUUUGCUCUUGGGUUCUUCACCCCGGGCAAAUCCAGGCUUUACUAUGUGGGAAUCUGGUUCCAUAACUUGCCAAAAACUGUUGUUUGGGUUGCUAACAGAGACAAUCCCAUGAAUGACACCUCUGGAUUUCUCUACCUCAACGAAGCAGAUGGAAAUCUCGUCCUCCGCCAAAACUCCACCAACACGCUCAUCUGGUCUACUGAUAUUUCUGUUACAGGUAAUUAUACAGCCAUGGCCCAACUCACGGAUAUAGGUAAUCUUGUAAUGAUUGGAAAUGAGUCCCCCACAACUGUGUUGUGGCAAAGCUUUGAUCAUCCCACUGACACCUUUCUUCCAUAUUCCAAAUUGGGUUUCAAUAAAAGAAAUGGUCAGAACUGGAUGCUGCAGUCGUGGAAGACAGAAGAUGAUCCUGCAACAGGAAGCAUCUCACUUAGGUUCAAUACAUCUGGAAGAACCCAGGUUUUUCUAUACAAUAAAAAUGUUCCACUGUGGCGAGUUGGAUAUUUCUUCAGUGGCGAAAAAAAUGUGGGCUCGCCAUCCAUGAGACGACAAAUAUCAUAUGGUUUCAAUCUUUCAGUCACAGAAGAUGAUAAUGAGGUCCAAACUUCGUAUCACCUGGCCGAUGCUAAUGCUAUCUUUCGAGUUGGAGUUGUUCCGGCAGGAUACAUGCAAGCAUAUAAAUGGGACUAUACUCUAAAAGAAUGGAAGAUAUAUGGGUCAUAUCCACAACUCAACUGUGAAUCCUAUGGAACUUGUGGUGCCAACAGCAAUUGUGACUCCGUCAACUAUGCCUACAACAAGUGUUUCUGCCUACCUGGCUUUGAGCCCAGAAACUCUACCCAGUGGCAAAAUAACAAUGAUGCAUCAGCAGGUUGUGCGAGGAAGAAAGGACGACCAUCCAUGUGUAGGAAUGGAGAGGGCUUCAUCAGAGUAGAAAGUGUGAAGAUUCCAGAUACUUCCACAGUGACUGUUCAAAAGGAGUUGAGCAUGGAGGAAUGCCAAAAAGUGUGCUUGAGGAACUGUUCUUGCAAUGCCUAUGCAGUGGCAGAUGUGACGAAUGGAACAAGGGAGUGCUUGACAUGGCAUGGUACUUUGAUGGACACACAGGUCUCAAAUAAAGAUGUUCAUGAUUUAUAUGUUCGUGUUGAUGCUAUUGACCUUGGUAAUUAAUUGCUUCAAUCCUCUCUCUCUCUUCUUUCUCUUUUUGUUUAUGUCGGUUCUUUGUGAUUAAACUGGUUUAACAGAA